AUGGAGGGGGAUAAAUCUAAGGGUACCUCCCUGAAGUUCAAGAGAACUUUCCGAGCUUGUUUAAGCUGUAGAGUAAGGAAAAUUAAAUGUGAUUUGGGCUCACUUGAUCUGCCAAGAGAUGGAAAGUGUUUAAGAUGCUUACGAGAACGAAAGGAUUGUGUAUUUGUGGAGACUCGAAGAGGUAGUGACCCCACCAGUGUUCACAGAGCAGAGACUAGCAGUGGACCUGGAAGCCCCGGGUUGACAAAGAGCGGUAUAUCAUCUCGUUCCCCGUCUCAAAUUGAUGUAACAACUAUAUCGGGUAACAAAGGAGAAUCUGAAGUUGAGGGUUUAUCAAGCGGUUCAACAACCAAUGGGAAUCCUGAAUCUCCAAGUUCUCAACAAAGGAGCAAUCACUUCUCCACUAUGGAGGGUGCAUUGGUUUUCCUUGCCAAGGCAGCUGGAACUAUUGCCAAAGCAGAUGAAAGAGAUCACAUUGAUGCAGAAAAGAAACAUGAGCAACUUGAAAUGUCAAUAUCAUCAUCCUCAUCAGAAAGAGACAUGACCAAGGGAUCUUUAUCAAAUAUCCUUAAUCCAAAUAUCAACCCAUCUUCAAAUCGUAUGGUGAGACCUGAUCUGCAAGAGAGUUCAAACCACCAACGAAUACCUUCAUCAACGCCUGCUCCAACAAAUACUUCAUCAACGUCAUCAUCCACACAUCAACUUCAUAAAACUCAUCUGCAUCAGAAUCAUACCCAUACAAAUAAUCAUGAACGUCCUAAGCAACAACGUUUUGUUCCUUUGGCAGAGAAACCGGAAAUGAUUAGACCAAAGGCUACCAAUAAACUUUCAAAUUUUGAAUACAUCGGACUGCCAAAUGGGAUCUUAUCCGAAGAGGAAGCGGAAACUCUAAUCCAUUUAUUUUUUACAACAAUGCAUCCGUUCUUUCCAUUCAUUCCUAAAUUUUUGCAUGAACCAAAAGUACUAGCUGGAUAUCCAAUUUUACUUUGCGCUAUCUUAACAAUAGCAUCAAGAUAUCACCCUUUCACUCAGAAUGUUGGGAAUGGUGGUGUCCCAAGAAAUAUCGAAGUUCAUGACACUCUUUGGCUUUAUGUUCAACGUUUAAUUUCUCAAACCGUUUGGGCAGAAGCCAGCACUCGUUCAAUCGGUACAAUUUUUGCAUUCUUACUUUUCACAGAAUGGAAUCCAAGAGCUAUCCAUUGGAGAUGGUCUGACUAUGCAAACAAAGCUGAAGAUAAUGAUGCAAAUGAUACACAAAAAGUUGAUGGUGAAACAAACCUUACUGGAAUAGGUGCGAUGAGAAGAAGUUAUAGAAUGGGUUGGAUGUUAAUCGGAUCUGCAGUAAGGCUUGCCCAGGACAUGGGCUUUAUGGAAGUCAGUACAAAUGUGUUUUUAGCUACUCACAUUGCUGAAAUUAAUUGUGUUAUGAAUAACAGUCGUCGGUCUAUUUUAUCACAUUCAUUAUCUGAAUUAGAUCUCGAUGAAGAAGAAGAUGUGGAUUUGAAUGGUUAUAAUGACGACAAAGAUCUGAGAAUAAUGGGAAUGUCGGAAGAAGAACUUCGAGAGAUUUCAUUUUCUCCACAUAGUACUUUAAAAUUUUCAUUGAUCCAAAAGGCAAAGAUUGAACUUUUACAAGUUACAUGUUUGGGACAUGAAUCAUUUUACGGGUAUAAAGCUCAACUAGGAAGCUUAACCCAACGCCAACAUUUAUCAGUGCUUAAUAUUUUGAGUCCAAUCUUGAAUAAUUGGAGUAGAAAGUAUAAACAGUUAUUGGUUCCUAGCAAACCGAAACAAUUCCAUAGUUUAGCGAAUCUUCAACAACAUUUACUUAAUCCAGAUUCUAAAGUUGCAAAGGAAAUAUUCGAAUCAAUCGAUCAAGAAUCACUUAUAUUUGAGUACAACUAUACAAAAUUGUAUAUUUACUCGUUGGCCUUGAGUCCGACACAGCUGAACGACUCAAACGAAGCAAGCGGGAAAAGGAAAGCAAACAAGGUACUGCUUAAGAUGGACGAAAUAUCUAGAGCUGCAAAAUUCAUAGAGCAAGCGUUUGCAGCAGCAAAUCAAAUGUUGUCAGUGACUCAACGAAUUCAUCGGAUGAAAAUGCUUCUGUACAUGCCAGUACGGUGGGUUACAAGAAUAGUCCGUGCGAUUGCCUUUGUUGUAAAGUGUUAUUUGACUCUUAUUGCUCACAACAAGACACAGGGAUCUCUGACAACUAUGGGAACUCCGGGAAACCCCAAUAACUCAUUUGAAGGAUUUGAUUCUACUGUAUUGUCUUUAUCCUUAAUUUCAAUUGAUGAAAUAAUGCUUACAAUUCAAAGAGCUGCAAUUACAUUAAGAGACUGUUCUCCAGACGAAUUACAUUUAUGUACGCGUUAUUCUAACGUGCUUAUGUAUUUAUGUUCAGAAAUGAAAACUAAAACGAAAACAAACCCAUCUAGUGGUCAGGAACCUGGAUAUCCAUUAGCUAAAAAGAGAAGAACUUCAUUUGAAAGCAGUCAAACUCCCGGAGAUGAGAUGCAAAAACUCAUGCCCACGCUGGCUUCCAAUGACAGUUAUAACCAUAUAUCGGCAUUCAAUUUCCCACUGUAUUUCUCUCAAAAUGGGGCAUCAGGCCAGAAUAUUACAAGCGAAGCUAUCACACCCGAAGGUGUCAAUAUCGACCAAUUAAUGGGUGACAGUGAAGUUAUGGAUUGGUUUUCAAACAAUAAAGAUAUUGGGUUGGAUUUUGUAGGACCAUGGACAGAAAUGAUUGAACAGCAAUUAGACUCAAGAGACUUUAAUUUCGAUGAAGCAUUACAAUAA